AUGAUAAUCGGAGUACCUAGGUCUAAGGAUCCCAUCAAGCCGAACAAAUAUCAAAACAGCAGAAGUGCGAGAGGCGGGAGCGAGCGGGGAAAUUGGCAUCAGGCAAAACCCCCAAUGACAUCAACGUCAGUUGUUGCUGAGGGCGGAUCAGCCCAAGGCCCCACAGAAGUACAGAGAUCAGCAAAGCGAGAGUUGAGGAGGGUUGAAGGGCAAUGA